AGAACUGAUACCGAGCAGCAGCACACUAACAAAGGAUGAUGAGGAUGUCAGGCAGAGUCAUGAGUUGCUGUGCAGCUCUGUUCCUUGCACUGGCCUCAGUAUCAGCUGUACAAAAACUCAAGUCAAUUAAUGAUUUGAAGAAAAUCAACUUCGGCCAAUCUGUGCCCAAACACACUCUUUUGUUGCUCCACUGGUUUGCCAACGUAGUUGAUAUCAACAAUAACAACAUCAUUCGCUUGACUUUCGAUCCAGACGAUGAAGAUUACGGCUCGCAUCAUUAUGGCAAUUAUGAGCAGCUGCUAGACCCACUGCCUCACGGUUACCAGUACUACACUGUUGGCAAUCUCUAUGAACACAGACAUGAACAACUUCCAGACUACGUAGUCAAUCCCCAGGCAGAGUAUGCAGGAAGAAACAUGGACCGCAUCAUAUUCAGAGUCAGGCAACAGAACAGAGGAAGAUCUAUGCAGACAGAUCAAGUGUACAUCACACAGCACUAUGAGACCUUCGAACAACAGGGGACAAGGUAUGACCCAGAUCAUACGUACCAAGUCACUACCAACCUUCUAAGACAGAUCAGAGAGUUUUCUGAGGGAACAAACCAGAACACACUGUGGGAUCUCAGAGAUCGCUACGGAAGUAACGCUGAUGAUUCCCAGUUAAGGCACAUCAGAAACACAUGGGGUACUCUGGCUUGUCUUGGCCUGCUGUUGUUUAUUGUUAUCCAGGAAAAGCACUCCUCUUACCAACAAAAGAAAAGCACUCAGCCUCCAGCGAGAAGAAAGACACAACCUGAUUUUGUUGUCAACAUGCCAGAAAACCCAUCCCGGACACAUCCCAGACAAAAUAAUUUUUUAAGACAUCUACCUGAACAGAGGGAUGAGACUCAACUUACAGUGAAGACAGGCAACAAUGGAAAAGCCAGGAUUCAUUGGAAGAAUGUUACUAGAGAUCGUCUAAACAAUGGAGUGAUGGUAGUGCUUUUCAAAAACAAUGAGGACCAGGAAGCAAGCAGCACUUAUAAGUGCAUUGAGGACAGUCAUUCAGGCAGUUGGGACACCUCAGUGCCGCUAAAUGAAGGUCUCCAGGCUCGACUACAUAAGGUGAGGAGACAGUACUGCUUCUGGAGAGUGGUGGGAGAGGAGAUAUGCAGAGGUCCUGAGUUUAAGGAUGACAGAAAAGACACAGCAGUCGAUAUAACUGGUUACAAUGCAAAACUCCAGCUCUUUGUAAAAGAUGGCAAGGCGUGUGCUCGCUUAUUUGUUAGGAAGAACUUUGGUAAUUGGAAGUUGGAAUUUGACAAUUCUUGGGUUGGGUUCUAUGCCUCUGCAAAUAAAGGCACAAAUCAGUAUGAAUGGCGACAGUGGCAGUGGGCAACUAAAUUCAGACCUAACGCUGAUGUUGAGGACUACUUUUAUGAUGUGUACGAGUAUCACUCAGGUAUGGCAAUUGCCCCUGGAGUCCAAGCACGAUUCAUAGACUGGGGAAAGGAAGUUAAAGCACGCACUCCAAGCUGGAGGUGAUGAAGAUGACUGGAGAUGCACUGCGGACAAUGUGGAAGUGGAUGGAAAAUCAACCCUGCCUUCUGCACAUAUUGUUUAUUUUGAUCAGUCUGAUGUUUAUGUCUAUUCAAAAUGCUGUUCUGUUAUACGAUUUAUUUUUCCUUCGUAAGUUUAAUUUCAGUGAGUAUUGGAUGUGUCAAUUUCGUUAACAUUGAAACAUAUUUGUGAUGAAACAACAAAUACUCUGAAAUCAACCAUUUUAAAAUGUGUCAAAAAGGGCAGACAGUCCUCAGGAUUUUGUUGCACAAGUUCCCAUUUUUCGCUUCCUGAUUCAAAUGAUUGUGAUAACUGGACUUUGCGUAUCAGCUGAUACCAAGUACUCAUCCUAACCAGUGCAUUCUUUUUUUAAUUACACCUUGUAAAGUAUUUUAACAGCUGUAUGCUACUAACCAUGUAUGGAUGUGAAGAUUGCCAUCAAUGUUGUAUGGGCUGACUUCAAUUAAACCCUAUGGAAAACACAAACAUACAGAGAAGAAUGCUCUUCCGAUCUAGUUUGACAAUCAUAACUGAAAAAGAACAAAAAUAAAUACAGACAAGUUGUUGUGUGCCACCACAUGAAACCGAGGUCUUUAUACAGUUCAUGAGACAGUUUUUGUUCAAAUUUUAGCUAGCUCUGUAUAAUGUAUAACAGGAAAUAACUUCUUCCUCAAAGCUACGGCAGUACACCGAUGCUGGUAUCAAUAUCAGAACAUCUGUUGUUUGCUUGGGCUGAAAAGCCUCGGUCUGCUGUAAAUAGCUUUUGAAUGGAUCUCACCAGUCGGAAUUUAUUACCACACAAAAUAUUAAAACAACAGCAGUUUCAUCAGAACAAGAAGUAAAGUCUGAGUGGUUGUAGUUCACUUAAACCACAUAUGGACAUUAUGAGCUGCUUGGUUGUACCUAAAAACCUGAAAUGAUUUAAUAACAGUGCAGGUCUUCUCUGAAAUGUCUGUAAAUCCUAAUGCUUUGCUCUGGCAUGGUCAUAAAGUUCCAGGCUUUAUUCAUGCAACAAUGUCAUGCUCCGGCAUGCCUAAUCUAAAAGUAGUGACUCACUGUUGCUUCAUCCUGUGUCUCGUAUGGAUGAAGAGAAAGCACAUAGCUCUGAUGGAUAAAUGAAACAGACAGUGAAAGAAACUAUGAUCUGCUCUGAUAAUGUACAGCUUUUAGAAACUCGAUUUUAUUCCAA